CGCCGUCGCCACCCACAGCGCCGGGCGAGGGGGGCGCGGUGGGGGCGCGGAGGAGGCGGCUACUCCCGGCCCCGCCGCCCCCAGGCUGUGGGCCCCCCAUGCAGCCAUGGAGCGGGACGCGUACCAACACUACUUCUACGACCACGACGCGGGGGAGGAUUUUCACCGCUCCACGGCUCCCAGCGAGGACAUCUGGAAGAAGUUCGAGCUCGUCCCCACACCACCUCUCUCGCCCCUCGGGGAGCGGCCGGGCUGCUCUGCGGCGGAGGAGCGGGGAUGCCCCCCGCGCUGCUGUCUGCCCGACGAACCCGAGUAUCUUAUCGGCACUGGGCAGCUCUUCGGCAACCUGAGUGCCUUCAUUCUGCGGGACUGCAUGUGGAGCGGCUUCUCGGCCCGGGAACGGCUGGAGAAGGCGAUGACGGAGAAACUUUCCACGGGAACUCCGCGGGCAGCGCCGCACAAACCGUCCUUCGGCCCCGAUCUGGGGUUCGGCAGCUCUGUGAGUGACUGCGUGGACCCCGCCGCCGUGUUCCUGUGUCCCCUGGCCGAGAGCAAAGUGCCCCCGUCCUCGGGGUCGGAGGGCCAAAGCGAUUCCGAGGGCGAAGAGAUCGAUGUGGUGACGGUGGAGAAGAGGCAAUCGCUCAGCCUGCGGAAGCCGGUCACUAUCACCCUGCGUGCUGACCCCCUGGACCCCUGCAUGAAGCGCUUCCACAUCUCCAUCCAUCAGCAGCAGCACAACUACGCUGCCCGUUCACCGCCAGACACCUGUGCCCAGCCCAAAUCCCUGCAUCAGGACGAGGAAGAGCUGCUGAGCACUGCGGAACCCCUCGCCCCCUCCCACGCGCUGCCUGACCCCGCUCUGCCAAAAGCUGCCCCCGGCUCUGACAGCGAAGAUGUGGCCAAGAGGAAAAACCACAACUACCUGGAGCGCAAGCGGCGCAAUGACCUGCGCUCACGCUUCCUGGCGCUGCGGGACCAGGUGCCUGGGCUGGCCAGCUGCCCCAAGACACCCAAGGUGGUGAUCCUGAGCAAAUCCUCCGAGUACCUGCAGUCGCUCAUCAGCGCCGAGCGGAGGAUGGCAGCCGAGAAGCGGCAGCUGCGGCUGCGGCAGAUGCAGCUGCUCAGACAGAUCGCGCAGCUCAAGGGGCUCUAGCAUGGACCUGCCUGCACCCUGGCCCCGCAGCCCCACGGUUCCCUCUCGAUUUGCACAUUUUUGAUCUUUGGUUGUUGAACCCUUGCUGCCGGGGGCGGUGGCUCCACGCUGCUCGGUGACUUCAGCCCAGGGGCUCGCUGCGUCUUGCCAUGCUGCUUGUCCUGCAGCUGUUAUCCACCACCAGCACUGCAGGAGCCGCCCCACGCGUCCAUCCCAGGACGCCCCCAUUGACUGCUGCAGUGGGGUGCGCUGUGUGGCUCAUGUUGGGAUGGGUUCCAGCAGGGACGGCGAUGGGGACGUGUGACCCUGACCUGAGCGGUGCCCUGCAGGCCAUCCCCUGCUCCCUUGGCUCGGUGAGGCUGUCCCUCACUUUCUUACCACUUCAUGCAGUAGUUUGUGUUGGACUUUGUGUUCUAGAAACUGCUGCUGUAACUGCGAGUCUUAUACUGGAGGCUGUGUUUUUAUACUGUAUUUUUGUACCACUUUUUGAGAAGUAUUGGUAAAGAGUUUGCUUUUUUAUAUAAAAAAACUUUUUUUUUUUUUUUUUUUUUUUGGAGGGGGUGGGGAGCUUCUGCUGUUGGAAGGCUCCAUCCUGCUGCACUUUAGGGAGAUCAGGAAGGAGCUGAUUCCUGCUGGAACCUUGAGCCGAGUCCUGGCAGAGGCUGGUUCCCACCUCGCAGCUCUCCAACCCACCCGUUUGCAGUAACGGGUUCUCCUUGUUUUCCCCCCCAACCCUGCCGCCACCCCUUUGUGCCCACAGCUGCCUGAAGCCCCCAGCAAUGCUUCAGGUGGUGCAGGAUUCGGGCUGGAGGGAACACCCUGAGGUGCUGGCAGGGAUGGCUCUGCUGACCUGCUGAGAACCAUUAGUUAACACUGUGGUUGGAUUUAGCACUUUCUUCAUUACCUCACACUUCAUAAAUAAAUAAGUUGCAAAGACGGCCUGGGUUGGCAUUUUCCAUGUGGGUGGCUGUGGGUUUCCGUUCAUUGUGGGAUUCCAUUCAUCGCACUUCAAUGCUCUGCAAAGGGGAGGUGGAGGGGCCAGCAGCCUGGCUGCUGUUUUGGGCUGUCUGGGGUGCUCAGGGCCCAAGCAGGAGUGAAUGCACCCUGCACCAGGGCUGUGUUCUUUGUCCCAGCAAUUGAAAUGUGAGUGGGUACAGCUGAUGAAU